AUGGACAAUAACAUUAUCAGAGCCAACUUCUGGGCUGAUAUCAACAACCACAGGGGUCCUUGCAGGAGUAUGAGAAAUGUCAAAUGGUUAUCCCAUUUCAGAGCAUUUUCUCUGAGAGGAAACAAGUUAUCGAAGAUACCUUCAUUUGCAUUUGAUAAUGCACUGAUGAAAAAUAGACACAUGCCUGAUGGACUAAGGCUUUAUCUUGGCGGAAAUCCCUGGAGAUGUGACUGCUUAUUCAUUCCCAGUUUUCAGGAACUGGUUCUACAAAAAUAUGCUCAACAAAUAAAGGACAUUCACGAUGUGAAAUGCUCUUACGUGGAAGGAGAUGAAAACUCACUCUUACCUAUCGUUGAUUUAUCAAGAAGCUCUGUAUGUAGGUUAUCAACUGAAUAUUCCCUCCAAGAAGGUUUGGAUUUAUUGAACGCAAUAUUAGCGAGCCUCAUAGUUUUUGUCUUAGGAAAACUCGUCUAUGACUAUUACCAUUUCAAGAAGACUGGAAAACUUCCUUGGAUUGUUAUGAAAAUGCCUUGAUUAUUUGUAGAAAUAUUCCUGUUGUCUCUUUAUCAUUAACGUUCAUCGAUCUCAAGAAGCAUACAAUGUUUAUAAAGAUACAGUUACAAAAAUAAAUAAUCAUACAUGAA